GUUUGCGCAUCCUGUGGAGAGAGCGAGAGGUCAGGCCAUGAACCUGGGAGAUGGUUUAAAGCUUGAAACUGAAUUGUUGGAUGGAAAAACCAAGUUAAUAUUAUCUCCAUAUGUGGUUUGAAAAUAAUUCCUGUCAAUAUAUUAUAAGGGAUAUGAGAUAAUGAUGAGAAGUUAUUGUUCUCUUGCUUUCAGGCUGGUCCUUUCACAGAAAUGGGAACAUAAUUUUUCAGUUUAAAAAGUCAUACAGAACCUCUUUCUCUAGAUGGGAAAUAAGACCAAGCUUGCAAAAUGUGCUUUAAGAACAAAACAAACUGGAUACAUUCUCAAAUCAACACAAAAUACUUGUAUCAGGAGUGGAAAACUUUUGCAAAAGAAGAGAAUGGGUUCAGAAACUUCACUGGCAAAAGGUGAAAAAAAUAGUAUGACUUUUUCACCCACUAAGGAUUUAUGCAAGCAGUGUAUAGAUAAAGACUGUCUUUAUGUCCAGAAAGAGAUUUCACCUGCAACCCCCAAUAUACAGAAGACUAGAAACACCAUAAAUACAUCUGUAGUAGCUAAACAGAAGCUUUGCAAAAAACACAUCACAGCUGAAAAUAUGAAGAGCAGUUUGGUGUGUCUAACACAAGACCAACUACAACAGAUUUUGAUGACUGUGAACCAAGGAAAUAAAUCUGUUUCCCUGAUUGAAAAUGGAAAGGAAGAAAAAAGUCAGGGCAAUCUACAUUUAAACAAUAUUUCCAAUCAGCCAGAGGAUGAGAACAUUAUGGGAGUACUCCAGAAAACUGAGACGCUUUCAUCUCUCCUAGAUGAAAAUAAAUCCGUUUUAAGUACAAAUCAAGAGACAUCUAAGCAGUAUGAGCAGAAAAUUGCCAUAGAGAAUGUUUGGAAACCAGCUGACAUAUUCAGUACUCUGGGGGAAAGAGAACGUGACAGAAGCUUGUUGGAAGCAAAAAAAGCCCAGUGGAGAAAAGAGCUUGAUUGUGACUUUUGUCUGGUAGUCUGUUGGUGUGUACUAGAAGACCAGAGGACAUUAUUUACAGAUGAACAGGUUGCUUUAAAGAAGAAAGAAAAAGAAGCUUCUGAAAAAUGGAACAAUCCUUGGAAAAAAUUUGACAGUGAUAAAAUAGUAUGGGAAAAAUUUCAAAUUCUUGACCAGCCUAAGACUUGUGCUAGCUCUUCCUGCAUUCUGUCACAGUCUCCCAGUCAGAUAACAGUGGUCCAGACUGAUGGGCACCCACUACCUAGAGCUAGUCAGAUUUUAGAGGAAGCAGUACCACGGGAGCGCCCUUUCAGUGCCAUGAAACAAGAACAGCAGAGGAAAUGGGUUGAAGAUUUGAACAAGCAAAUAGAAGAUGAUCGGCAAAGAAAAAUAGAGGAAAAAAUUACAUCUUCAAAGGGUGAGGAACAUGACAGAUGGGCAAUGCAUUUUGAUUCGUUAAAGACCGAUCCUGCUUCUCAGUCUCAACUGUCUUCUUGGUCAACACACAACCAACCAGAGUACUUCUGUGUCUCUCCGGACACUCACGAACUGGCUGAUAUCAGCAGUGUUUAUACACCUAUGACUGGAAGCCAGGUUGAACCUUCAGAGGAGGAGCAUAUAGCAAAACCAGUUAGAGAUAAGACCAUGGCAGAUAGUCAGAAAACAAACUUUCUCCGUUCUAUGACUGCUCUCUUGGAUCCAGCUCAGAUUGAAGAACGUGAGAGGCGACGACAAAAACAGUUAGAACAUCAGAAAGCCAUCACCGCUCAGGUAGAAGAGAAACGCAGGAAGAAAGAGCUGGAAGAACAGCAAAGAAAGAAGGAAGAACAAGAAGAGGAGCGUCGCUUAGCACGGGAACGAGAAGAGAUGCAGAAACAGUAUGAAGAAGACAUACUUAAGCAAAAACAAAAGGAAGAAAUCAUGACUCUCAAAACACAUGAGCUAUUUCAGACAAUGCAGAGAGCACAGGAGCUAGCACAGAGGCUGAAACAAGAACAGAGAAUCCGAGAACUGGCUCAAAAGGGACACGACACUUCUGGAUUGGUUAAAAAUCUUGGUGGACAUGGCUUGGAUGAUGUCAGUGGUAAAAAGAAUACAUGUAUCAAUUCUACAACCUCUCCCAAAAAGGAUACUGCUGUGCAAACAGAUGACUUAAAUACAGGAACAUUCACCAAUGCAGAAUCAUUCUGUGGAACAGUAAUGGAGAGGGAAAUACUAAAUUGUUCAUCUCCUGAGAUUCCUGCAGAAUUUAACAAACAGUUUAACACUAAGAAGGACAAAGAGGAACUAAUAAAUCAGGUUAAAGGAGCCAACCUAGAAAAAGAAAACAAUUGGUAUGAUGAUCCGUGUAAUGAGUUUGCAAGGACAGAGAAAACACAUAUGAAGAAAUGUCCUAAAAGGCCUGAUUGGAAUAUAAACAAACCACUCAAAAGGUAUAUUCCGGCAUCAGAAAAGUACCCCAAACAGCUUCAAAAGCAGAGAGAAGAAAAAAAAGUAAGAAGGCAGAUGGAACUGCUUAAUUUGGUAGAAAGAAAUGGUCCUGGACAUCUCUCUCAAAAUAGAGGCACUUCACCGGUUCUUCCUUCAUCUCAAGAAACUGAGCCAAGGUUCUGGUGGCAUCUAAUCAAAAAGGAAGAAGAGCCUCUGAAAAUUAAUUCUUUCAGCAAGGAAAGGUCUCAGUCACCACCACCAGUUCCAGUGGUGAAAAACAGAACACAACAAACUCUAAAAAACAGUAAUUAUGAAAGACAGAAUCUGAUCUUAGAAGACAGUCAAACAGAAACAUCACCUGGACUUCCUGAACGGUCCCAUUUUAUCCCUUAUGUCCGAACCAAUGAGAUUUAUUACCUUGAUCCAGAUGCACCACUGUCUAGGCCUUUAACCCACGAUCUUCAGUAUCAAAAUCCACAUGCCUGUGACCAAGAACAACGGCAGCUCUUUGAUUCUGAUGUCAGGGACCCACUUCUUAAUCCUAACUUGGUGAAAAACAGGGACCGACAGCAAGCAAUCCUUAAGGGACUAUCAGAACUGAGACAGGGCCUUCUCCAGAAGCAAAGGGAGUUGGAAACUAAUCUCAUGCCUUUAGCUGCAAAUCAAGAAGAGAAUUUUAAUUCUUCGUUUUAAAUGUAGAAAAUCAAAUCCUUCACAUUUGUUGCUUCUAAAUUAUAAAAUGUGUUCAUUGCAUUACUGUAUUUUCCAAAUAACCUAGAUUUUAUAAAUGCUUAUUUAAAACUUGUAAAUUAUGUAGUACAACGCUGUGUGUGUAUAUAUCUAUUUUUUACAAUAAAACAGACAUUUUUGUAAAGCUUAGUAAAAAAACAAUUUUUUGCUCUAUCACAAUCUAGGUAUUUAAACACUUUCUACUUACCUUAAGACAGGUUUCUGACCUGUUCACAGACCACGUUCUUCUACACUUAUGUAGCUUAUUAUUGGAAUACCACUUAGGUAUUUUGUUCUAUAAAAAGAUUUAAGAGGUUAGAACUCUCCCAAGUUCUUCUGAGGGGCCAAAGGAACGUCUGACUUAACACAUCCCAACUUUAACUAAAAUAGCUCCGUUUUUUCCCUCUAAUUCCUGGUUUUAGGACUUUACAAAAACAUUUUACAAGUUUGCAUUUCUAAUGCAGGCAGUUAUAAGGAACAGAUAUGGUUUUAAAAUUGAUCAUCUUAUACUUUAUCUGUGAAUUUUAAAAGUUAUUUUUAGUAAAGCACUUAAGUUUUUACCACCUCAAAAAUAUACUUAAAUUUCUCUAACACUACUAAUUUAAAAAUCUAUAACAAAGUUCUUCCAACAGAAGCCUAUCUUUUGGAAAUAUGGGAUUGAAUCUGGUUACGUCCAGGACCAUACUAAUAAGCACUGAAAACUGUAAUGUCGAAACACCUCGAAUAAGAGGUUGAUCCAAAAUUUUAGCAACAGGCAAUUUUUACAUGACUAAGCCUAAAGAUAAAAAUAAUGCUGCCCGGUAUUAUGUCCUAAGUUUUACUUAUAUACAUAGUUUAUCAUCUAAAUUGAAACUGCAUUCACUGUUAGAUAAAUCUUGAGGUAUUGAGCCAAAAUCCAUUAAGUAUCUGUUGACAUCACUGGCUUAUACCUGUAUAAAACACUAUACAAAAGCUUAAAAUAAAUACAAUAGUUGAUUGGUAUGUCAUUUUAGCAAAAGUAAUUGGUAUCAUCUGAUGGGGGGAAGAAAAGCCACUGUUGACUAUCCUUUUGCAAAUUAUCUGAUUUUAUAUAUAUAAAACAGGCUUCAAUUUGAAGCCCAGGUAUAGGUAACUUAUAAAUGUAAAACUUAAAAAGUGCCAACAUGAGAUAAUUCAAGUACAAUAUAUGUUAAAAAUAUAUAUAUUUAUUUCAGUUUUCAGAUGCUUCAACUGUUACAGGCCAUCAUGAUUUAAAUAAGAGGAAAAAAAAACAUUGAGGAAGGACAAGAAACCUUUGUUUAGAGAAUGAAAUAUAAACUGUUAAUUCACUUAUAAGAAACAGAUAAAGUCCAUAACAACCUAUUUCAAAAAAAAAAAAAAAAA